AUGUCUGCUAAUAAAUUUGCAUUAAAUAUUGGAUUAUUUUUAGAUUCAACUGGGUCAACUAAUGAAUCUAUAGAUGCAAUGCAUAAAAUUGGAGUAUCAGUAUGUGCGGGAACAGUUGAUUUACAUAAAACAAAAAUUGCACGAGAUCAUAAAACUAAUAUAAAAGAAUAUUUUCAACAAAAUAAAAAAGAAGUUCCAAUGCUUACUUGGCUUUCAACAGGUCAUCAUAUGACAACAUAUCAUACACAGCACGUAAAUUUGAAUGAUCGUAUUGAAUUACUUACAGUACAUAGCUAUGAUAGUGCUAUUUAG